AAAACGCUGAAGUUUAACCUACUUGCAAAUAUACUCGGUGGUGAGUGCGAAAGGUAAGGCUGGGAGCGGAGGAGAAGGGAAGCGUGUUUGGGAUUGAUGCGGCCGGGUCGGGGACUGCUUUGCUGAAACGGCGGGCAGGCUGGCCGCCAGCUCGCUCGUCGUGAGAGCAGCAGCGUGUAAGAGAAAGAGGGGAGCCGACGCUUGAGUUCUGCCGAGCUGACUUUCGUAGCCGGGUGAUUUGCAAGCCUUCCCUUCGGAUCGCCGCCUCGGUGCCCAGCUUGCGAUGGCUGACCACAUGAUGAUGUCUAUGAGCCACGGCAUGAAUGGGCUGCAAGGCUACCGGAUAGGGAUGAAUGGGAUGCAGGGGCCCCCUCCACAGCAUGGGCAGCACGUGCUAAGGACGCUCCCCGCCAACCACCAGAUGAUGCAGUACGGAGGCCCUGCCGUGGACGGAGGCAUGAGGCAGAGGCCUGGCAUCAGUGGACAGAUGGGUCAUCACCAGGUCCCGAGCACUAUGAUGUUCAAUAAUCCAAGCCAGCAACAGCAGCAGCAGCAACAAUACAUGGGGCCUGUUGGCACUCAGCAGCUUAUGGCUAGUAUGCACUUACAGAAACUCAACACUCAGUACCAGGGCCAUCCCCUCAUGGGCAUGAGCAACGGGCCCAUUGGGGCUGGUGUGCCGCAAUACAGAAUGGGGCCAGGCCAGCAUCCUGGCAUGCAGCACCUGCCCUCUCCUGCAUUGACCUUGAACGUUAUGGACACGGAUCUCAUUGACGAAGAGGUCUUGACGUCGUUGGUCAUGGAACUGGGCUUGGACCGAAUUCAGGAGCUGCCAGAGCUCUUUCUGGGACAAAACGAGUUUGACUUCAUCUCGGACUUUGUCAGCAAACAGCAGCCCAGCGCCAUCAGCUGUUGAGUGCCUCUGCUAGAAGCUGGUGCUUUUCCAUGGCUUGAUCUUCUUUACACCCAUCCAACCACUCUUUCUCCCAAAUUCUUUUAUCUUCCCUGUGCACAAAGAUGCAGGCUUUCCCAAGUCGCCCUUGCUCACCUCCCCAAAACAACAAUGGACAAUCAUUGGAGGCUUUUUUUUUCUUUUUUGGCUUGCACUGCAAAGCUCCUCCGUUUGUAUAGGAGCAGAGGGAGAGAAAUUGAAGGCUUUUUUUUGUAGAUGGAACGACACAAAGAUGGAACCUUGUCCUCGGGAUUGUUCCCAUGGCAGCUACAGAACUUCAAGACAAAUAAAAUGGCCUUUCACCUGCAUGGCCUUCUCCCCUGCCCCCCCCUCCAAAACUACUGUCUGUGUUUGGACUACAAAGUGCAAGGAGGAGUAGGUUGCUAAGACUGACUGUGUGGUUGGCUUUUUCCAGCAAGUCUGCAAGCUACUUUGAACCCACCUCUCCAUUCUGUGUCUGGGGUUUAGAUUCUUCCACUGAAAGCAGUGUGGGUGGGAGGUAAAAUGGCUUGUUCUUCUUCAUGAGGCUCAAUACCUUAUUGCCCCUCAGUACUGUGAAAUUAGCAACCAGUCUCUGUCUCCUUGACUUGGAAGAGACCGGUGCCCUCAGGUUGUUCUCUGUAGCUGUGUUGUUUUUUUCAUUGGGAGGGGGACAGUUAAAGCAAACUUCCGCAGACAAUGUUCCAGGGGUAGGUAACAUGAGUGUGAAAUGAUCCCUCCCUGUUCAUGCUGGGUCUCUAGCAAGGGUGGUGGGGAGAAUGGAAUUAACUAAUUGGUUAUAAGAUCCGAGGACUUCCUUUCUGGCUACUACAAACAGGAGCUUUAAGCAGCCAUCUAGCUCUUUCUCCGACUCUGAAACCAAAUAAAAUCCUUGUAAUUGUGUAUAUUACUGGUUGUUGUUUUUUUAAAUCUUAUUUAUCUCUGGUGUGUUUCUAGUCCUUAUUUAUUUGAAAGGGCUCAAAUCUAUUUGCCUUUUGAGAUUAUUGGGAAGGGCUAAAGUUAAGACUUGGGAGUGCAUUGCCCCUCCAAACUUUUUCUUUGCUGUUAAUAACUGAGAGCAAGGCUGUAGGGGGGGAAAUCAGCACCCCCUCUCCCUCCUGGGGCUUGAUUUAAAUUUUUAUUUCUAAUUGUGUUUUGCUAGGAAAAAAAGCCAAAAACGUUUUGGCUAGCAGCUUGUUCCCUUCUCUGUCUCAUUUCCAAAUGCUGUGGGAAAGUAGGCUUCUCAGCACAGUGGCUCUCUAAAGAUGUUACUGCCCCCUCUUGUUGCAAGCACACAGCAGCACGUCAUUGUUGAUCGAUGAAGUGAGAAUGUACAGGUGAUUUUUUUUUUCAAAUAAAAGCUAAAACCUCAAAA